AUGUCUGAGGAUAGCAAGGUUCAAACUAGUUCUGAAACGGCUCCCCAGCCACCCACAGCCGCCGUUUUCUCGAUGUUUGGGGGCAAAAAGGCCGAGAAGAAGGAUGAAAGCGCUAAGGCCACAGAAGAUAACAAGGAAGAAGCUGAGGAGUCUAAGGAGGUUAAGAAAACCGGAAAGGAAGAAGAAGAAGCUCCUGAAUCCCCAGAUGUGCAUUUCGAACCCGUAGUUACUCUGGAAAAAGUGGACGUCAAAACUAUGGAGGAAGACGAGGAAGUACUAUUCAAGGUGAGAGCCAAGCUCUUCAGAUUCGAUCCUGACAACAAGGAAUGGAAAGAAAGAGGCACUGGUGACGUGAAAUUCUUGCAAAACAAAGAGACCAAGAAGGUCAGACUGUUGAUGAGAAGAGACAAGACUUUGAAGGUUUGCGCCAACCACAUCAUUGCCCCAGAAUACGUCUUGAAGCCCAAUGUGGGCUCUGACAGAUCGUGGGUCUACACCUGCACUGCCGAUGUCGCCGAGGGAGGCCCUGAAGCUUUCACUUUUGCGAUCAGAUUUGGCAACAAGGAGAACGCCGACAAGUUCAAGGCAGAGUUCGAAAAGGCACAAGGCAUCAACAAAAACUAA